AUGACGCAGAAGCGCUACCGCAAGACAAAACAACUAGACCCACCCAAGAAGAGGGUCAAGGUCAGCCAGGCUGAAACAUCCCCGACUGAAGAAGUGGUCAACAUCGACGCCUUGGACUGGCAGACAGUCCAGCCGCCGGACAUCCUCGAAGACGCAGAGGGGUUCUAUGGCCUCGAGGAAAUAGACGGUGUGGAUAUCGUCAGGCCCACGGACGGAUCACAGUUGAAGUUCUUGGCUGCGAAGAGCAGUAUUAAGAAAGUGGAUGUCGACAACAGCAGCGAAUCGCCGGAUGACUAUGAUGAUGACGAAGAGUGGGAGGGCUUCAGCGAUGCCGAGCCGGUGGAAGCAACUGAAUCAGCACCAGUGACCAUAGCGGGCGCGAGUAAAACUACAGACAAGAAGAGGAAAGAGAAGGAGCAGAAGAAGGAAAAGGCGAAGAAACAAGAUAACGACAAGGUCCAGCCAAGUAUACCGUUCAACGUCUUAGCCGAUGAAGAGGAGGAAGAGGUCGACGUAUCUGCCUGGGACGGCCUGGACCUGCGCCCCGAGCUACAGACCAGCCUCUCGCGCCUUAAAUUCUCAAAACCAACGCCGAUCCAGACAGCUGCCAUCCCAGAUAUCCUAGCAGGUCGCGAUGUGAUUGGUAAAGCUGCCACUGGUUCAGGCAAAACCCUCGCCUUUGGACUGCCUAUUCUACAAUACUUACUUAACAACAACAACAAACACGGUCAGGGUGGCAUAAAGUCUUCGUCAAAGGAGAAGAAGCCUAUUGCAUUGAUCCUCUCGCCAACCCGAGAACUAGCACAUCAGCUGGUCAAACACUUGAAGGAAGUUACUAGCUCUGCUCCUAAUGUUGAUGCAUACAUUGCUUCUGUCACGGGUGGACUGUCAAUGCAUAAACAGCAACGACAGCUACUUGACGCUGAUAUCAUUGUUGGAACGCCAGGCCGGCUAUGGGACAUGGUCAGCUCAACUCCAAAGAUACUCACCAAGCUACGGGGUAUCAAGUUUCUCGUUGUCGACGAGGCCGAUCGACUAUUAAGCGAGGGACAUUUCAAGGAAUUGGGCGAGUUACUCUCUGCCCUCGACAAGGCGAAAACGUCAGAUGAUGUACAUGGAAAUGAGGAUGAGGAAGAUGAACCUGUUGAAAGGCAAACGCUGGUCUUUUCCGCGACCUUCCAGAAGGGCUUGCAGCAGAAGUUGGCGAAACGCGACAAAUCUUUCCAUGACAACCUCCUUGACAAGAAAGAAUCGAUGGAAUACCUCCUCAAAAAACUCAAUUUUAAGGACGAAAAGCCUCGCUUCGUUGAUGUAAACCCCGUAUCCCAAAUGGCGGAUAAUCUCAAGGAGGGCAUCAUCGAGUGUUCUGCCAUGGAAAAGGAUCUAUAUCUCUACGCGGUGCUACUUUUCUAUCCCAAGCACCGCACUCUAGUCUUCACAAACUCCAUCUCCUCUGUCAGAAGACUGACGCAGUUCCUACAGAAUCUUGGCCUCCCAGCUCUAUCCCUUCAUUCAUCUAUGGCUCAAAAAGCCCGGCUCAGAUCAGUUGAGCGCUUUUCCUCCCCAACCACUGACCCUUCGCCUAUCCUCAUUGCCACAGAUGUCGCUGCAAGAGGCCUGGACAUGCAAGGAAUCGACCUUGUAAUUCACUACCACGUCCCUCGGGCCGCAGAUACGUACAUCCAUCGAUCAGGGCGUACAGCCCGUGCAUCUGCCUCAGGUAAAUCUAUCCUGAUCUGUUCCGCAGAAGAAAUAGCAGGCGUCACCAGGCUCGUUGCCAAGGUGCACCAUUCACACAAGCGGAAAUCUUCUGCAAAGGAUGCACAGCUGCACUCCAUCCAUCUGGAUCGGGGUAUCGUGACCAGACUCCGCCCUCGAGCAAGCCUGUCAAAGAAGAUAACAGAAUGCGUCCUCGCGAAGGAAAAAGUGUCUUCGGAAAGUGACUGGCUACGUUCCGCCGCUGAAGAUCUAGGCGUAGACUACGACAGCGAAGAGUUUGCCGAACAAGAGUCCAAAAACCGAGGACGGGGCAGAGGGGGUGGUCGUCAGGCCAAGGAGAGGGAAGCCAGCAGCGUUUCCAAGGUUGAGCUAGCGAAACUUAGGGCACAGUUACGUGACUUACUCUCCAAGAGGGUCAAUUUGGGGGUGAGUGAGAGGUAUCUAACAUCUGGAAGGGUUGAUAUCAACGCUCUUCUAAAGAGCGAAGGAAAUCCCGCGUUUCUUGGACAUAUGGAGAACUUAGAUUUUUAG